AUGACUGAUGGAGUUGGGGAUCCAGGUAAGGACCAUAUUCUUCGUUUGAUUCCACUGAGUGUAUUCUGGUUUGGUCGGUUCAAGGGGUGUGAGGGUGCCAUCGACAAAACCAAGUUUGUUCUUGGUAUUAAGGGCUCUUGUCAUGGCUUUUUGUCAUUUGGUGUAGUUGUCGCCAGUUCCAUCCCAUCAUCUUUCAAAGAGAUGAUCGGUUUAUCUUCCAUCGACUUUCAUACAAUGAUUUGGAGGGCCCUCUUCCUGAUGGGAAAGCCUUCCAUCUGGCUCCAUCAACGGCAUUCAUCGAGAACAAAGAUCCCGCGGAACAAGAAAUGCAGAGAAACGGGACUUGGAAGGAAAAAUGGAAAUCUAUUUGCAAUAUGUAAUUUUGAUGGAAAGAUUGCAUAUGAAGACAUCAUCAGGGCAACGGAGGAUUUCAAUUACAAAUACUGCAUUGGGGCUGGAAGAUAUGGAAGGGUUUAUAAGGCAGAUCUACAGAUGGGUCAGGUGGUAGCUGUGAAAAAACUUGACUCGUCACAAGGUGGUGAACAAACUAAUCAAAGAAGCUUUGAAAAAGAGACACGAGCAUUAACAGAAACUCGACAUCGCAACAUCGUGAAGCUCUAUGGGUUUUGUUCGCAUCCUCGGUGCUCAUUUUUGGUGUACCAGUACAUAGAAAGGGGAAGUUUAACUAGCAUCCUCGGCGGCAAUAAAGGAGCUGUAGAAUUGGAUUGGGUGAAGAGGAUGAAAGUUAUCAGAGGAGUAGCCGAUGCUUUAUCAUACAUGCACCAUGAUCGCACUCCUCCUAUAGUUCAUCGGGACUUAUCAAGUAAAAACAUUUUGUUGGAUUUAGAAUUUGAGGCCUGUGUCUCUGACUUUGGGACCGCAAGACUCAUAAAGCCAGAUUCAUCGAAUUGGUCCACACUCGCAGGCACUUAUGGAUACAUAGCUCCAGGUAUGCACUUACGGUAA